GUUAUUAUGUUUCCUUCAUGAUGACAACCAGCGAGAAAGGACGGAUAUGCUCACCGUCAGUUUUCUCGCCAUGAGCCAGUGCAUCGUCUCGUAUGCGCAGAGAUUGAAUCCUCUGAAUCUCCGACCGUAUUCUAUCUCUCUCUUUCUCAGCCUUUCUUUUUCUUCCUUAAUUUGGCGGGCGAGCUACCCUGCAUGUUUGCCCGUCUUCGGGAAAACGAAAUUCACACAGCCCUACGAGCACGACACUCGAUCCACAGAGUAACCCCUUGUCCAAUCAGAAUCAGCAUCGUUCGACCCCGGAGUUGCUGACCCUGGUGUCCCCCUCUCCCU